AUGUCUAUCGAAGAUGGAAAACAAUACAUCCAGCCAAAAAUCGCUAAUCCUGCACCACUUGGUCUCUCAGCUUUCGCAAUGACUACGUUUAUAUUAUCAAUUAGCAAUGUCGGCACACCAAAUGUUACAGCGCCAAAUAUUGUCAUCGGUUUGGCUUUAUUCUAUGGUGGUUUUGUUCAGAUAUUGGCCG